AUGCGUCCACCACCAGUUGCUACCAUCUGUCAACGAGUCGUCCGUCUGCGAGGCCCCGUGUCGAAAAAACACGACACAGCCUCUAGGACCGAGUGUGUUCAGCAGACCUAUUACGCAGCAGGACAGUCGGUCGAAGCCGACCUACAGCAGCUGAUGCACGACCAGCUCGCACGUUGA